AUGCCGAGCACAAGCACCAAGAUUGGCCAUGGCCUGGCCAAGGUCUUGGGCAUCAAGCUCGAGAAGCCCGAGAACGAAGAGAUGUUACGUGGUGAAUCCGUCUUCUCAGUUCAGUCUUCAGACACAUUCGUCGAGGAGGAGCCAACAACGGCUGAGUGGCUCGUUGACCUUCUUCCCGAUGGCAAUGAAGUCCUCGCCUACAUCCGUUCCCUCUUCCCCUUCCUCAACUGGAUUGGUCACUACAACAUGCAGUGGUUCCUCGGUGACUUGGUUGCCGGUGUCACCGUUGGCGCUGUUGUGGUACCUCAGGGUAUGGCUUACGCUUUGCUUGCAAAGCUUGAUCCCCAAUUCGGUCUCUACUCAUCCUUCAUGGGUGUCAUUAUCUACUGGUUCUUCGCUACUUCCAAGGAUAUUACCAUCGGCCCCGUGGCUGUUAUGUCCACUGUUGUUGGUAACCUCAUUACCGAUGUCCAGGCAGACUUCCCCCAAUACGAAGGUCACCAGAUUGCGUCCGCUCUAGCCGUCAUUGCUGGCGCCAUCAUUCUCUUUAUCGGGUUGAUACGCAUGGGAUGGAUUGUCAACUUGAUCUCCUUGACUUCUCUGUCGGCCUUCAUGACUGGCUCUGCCAUCAGCAUUGCUGUUGGCCAGUUGGUCACUUUGUUGGGCAUCAAGGGUGUCAACACAAGAGAGGCAACUUAUCUCGUCUUUAUCAACACCCUCAAGGCCCUCCCCAAGACAAAGAUGGAUGCUGCCAUGGGCCUGACCGCCCUUACCAUGCUCUACCUUCUGCGGUUCAUCUUCACUACAUUGGCCAAGAAGUACCCCCAGAAGUCGAAGCUCUUCUUCUUCCUCUCGACUCUCAGAACAGUCUUCGUCAUUCUUCUCUACACCAUGAUCAGUUGGUUGGUCAACAUGAACAGACGUUCUAACCCACUGUUCAAGAUUUUGGGAGAAGUUCCAAGAGGCUUCCAAAAUACUGGCGCCCCGAAGAUGGACACCGACCUCAUCAGCGCUUUCUUGCCCUUCCUGCCUGCCAGCGUUAUUGUACUGGUUAUCGAGCACGUCGCCAUUUCGAAGUCCUUCGGACGUGUGAACAACUACACCAUCAAUCCUUCCCAAGAGUUCGUGGCUAUUGGUGUGACGAACGUCAUCGCGCCUUUCCUCGGUGGCUACCCAUCCACGGGCUCAUUCAGUCGUACCGCUAUCAAGUCCAAGGCCGGUGUUAGGACCCCCUUCGCUGGUGUGAUUACUGGUCUUAUCGUCUUGCUUGCCAUCUACGCUCUUACGGCCGUGUUCUUCUACAUCUCCAGCGCGUCACUGGCUGCAGUCAUCAUCCACGCCGUCGGCGAUCUGAUUACGCCGCCCAACACCGUCUACCAAUUUUGGCGUGUCUCUCCGCUCGAAGUUGUCAUCUUCUUCGUCGGUGUCUUCGUCACAAUUUUCUCUUCCAUCGAGAACGGAAUCUACGCCACGAUCUGUAUCUCUGCUGUGUUGCUGCUCUGGCGCAUUCUCCGGGGCCAGGGACGCUUCCUCGGAAAGGUCAAGAUUCACUCCGUCGUCGGCGACCAUGUCAUUGGCGAAGACCACCGACAAGUCAUUGGCGAGUACGGCACCUUCAAUGCCAGCGACAACGCAGCGCGCAACGUGUUCCUGCCCAUCGACCACGGCGACGGAUCCAACCCCGAGGUCUCACUGGACGAGCCGUACCCCGGUAUCUUCAUCUACCGCUUCUCCGAGGGCUUCAACUACCCGAACGCCAGCCACUCUCUCGAGUACCUCACCGACUACAUCUUUGCUCGCACGCGCCGGACCAACAUGCAGUCGUACGGAAGACUGGGCGACCGCCCCUGGAACGACCCGGGCCCGUCCCGCAAGGCCAAGAAGGCGCAAGCCCAGAUGCACGAGGAGGAGAACAGACCGACGCUCAAGGCAAUCAUCCUCGACUUCAGCUCCGUCAACAACGUCGACCUGACGUCGAUCCAACAGCUCAUUGACGUCCGCAACCAGCUCGACCGGUACGCCGCCCCCGACAAGGUGAACUGGCACAUCGCGUGCAUCAACAACAGGUGGACCAAGAGGGCUCUCGUGGCCGCGGGCUUCGGUUACCCCGUCGACCGCAGCGACGGCACGCAGCACCAGUGGAAGUCCAUCUUCAGCGUCGCCGAGAUUGGCGGGUCCGAGUCGGCGGCCGCGGUGGCGGAGAAGGAGGCCAACGAGAAGGAUGUCUCUACGCACGCGCGGGCCGCGAGGACCAUUGACGAGGAGGCGGGCAAGGACGGCGGCGCGUACGAUCAGAUUGACCCCGUGUCGUCUGGCUCGAGGAAGGUCGGCGGCGGUGGCGCCGGCACCGACGGCCCCAGGAGGAAGGGCGUCGUCGUCCACGGUCUCAACAGGCCGCUGUUCCACGUCGAUCUGACGAGCGCGUUGCAGAGUGCCAUUGCCAACAGUGAGGGCAGGGGCAUUGUCGAAGAGGAGGCCGAGGGGCCCAAGAGUCCCAGCACCUCUAGUGAUUGA